CCCUUAAUUUUUAUGGUUUGCUGGAUAAAGAUAAUAACUAGUUAAAGACGUUGGAUAUCUGCUUUAUCCUGUUCAGGCCGAAUGAGAAAUUCCACUCGGCAGAGCCUCGCGUAAUUUCCCAUUUUUACCUUCACGUGAUAAAGACGUCAUUAACUAGUUAUUCUCUCUAUAAUGAUGGUCAGAAGAACUGUUUCUUGUAUGUUUAGUAUAGGGAACAUGGAACUUGCUUCUAGAAACCUGCUCCUCGUAGCCGGCAAACAGAGCUAAACGCAGGCUCUUAACUUUAAAAUAUAAUUGAAUUUGUUGUAGUCAGUAAUCACUGUCAAUCCUUUUCCUUGUGGGUAUUAGGAAACAAAAACAUAAAAUAAUUAUUGCACAUUAAUAUCGGUCAGCCAACAAAUCUUUAAAUUUAUUGUUGGAUAUUUUGGUAAUUUGUUCUCUGUAUACAUACAUGUACAUAUACCGUGUACAUUUAUUUGUACAAUUGCAUUCUUCCUUUACUUUUGUCUGCUUUUUAGUGUUGGUGGGGGUUUUGGGUUGUUGUUUUUUUACCUCAUCCCGAAUAUUAAUCUCCAUCUGACAAAUCAUUGACUUUCAAUAAUUAAGUUUUUAGUUGUAUUUUGUUGAGGAACAAUGUCAUUAGGUAUACUAGUAAUUAAUCAAUAUGGUGACACAAUAAAACAUAUUGUAUUUCUUUAAUGAACCAAGUUUUAUGUGGGUAUUUUCCUUCUGGCCUUAUUGCCAUUUCUUUUCACCAAGCCUGGAACUGGGGAAAGCUAGCUCUUCAUCUGUGGACAAUGCCUGGUCUGCUUCUGUCGUGGUGAAAGUCAUUACCAGCUUCCUUCAGCAUUGAUUAAUGAGGCUUUCAUAGAAGGUGUAUUUCUUUGAAGUUAUAUUUCUUACACUUUUAUUGAAUGUCACAAGAUAUUUUUCACCCAGUGACAAUUUCAUUAGUUGUGGAACACCAGAAUUAAUGUUUUGGUUCUUGUUGACUAUGGUCAUGAAGAUCUUUUUUGUUUUAAGAAAAAACCCUUAUUUUUUUUGCCCUGUAUAUCCCAAUCUUCAUAAAAUAAAAUAAACCCUGAAAACCCUGACCUAUUCAAUUUUACAUAGUUGUUUUGUUGUUAUUGUUUGUUUGUUUUUUGUUGUUUUUAUUUUGUUUUGUGUUUUGUUUGUUUUUCAGUUUUAAUAACAGGAGAUUAAGUUUGCGGUUUCCGAUAUACAGUGAAACUCCUCUAAACCAGACACCUUAGGGACCAAGUACAAAAAUCCACUUUUCAGAGGGAUCCGGUUUAGAGAGGUUCUCUUCUGUAUAGAUAUUUAAAAAGGGGCCUCGAAAAACAUCUGAUUUUGAGGGAAUUCCAGUUUACAGAGGGUCCGGUUUUGAGAGGUUUCACUGUAUAUGUAUAUCUGUUUUUAAGAUAUUUGUAUGGAUUGAGGAAGCCAUUAAUAUUUUCAAUUAUAGAACGAUAUGCGAUUGAAAGAAUUUAAAAACACGUUUCAUGUGGCAAAAAUAAAAUAACUUCUCACUGGUACCUGUUGUUUAAUUUUUGUUCAUCAUUAACCAGAAUUACCAUAACAAUAUAAACAAAGAAUUAAGAUAACAAUUUAAUUUUAAUAUAUUUUUUAAAAACUAAAACAUUUUGUCAUUAGGUUUUUUCUUCUUUUGCAUUCAAUGGUUGUAAAUUGUUAGCUUUUUCUUUUUGCUCUGAAAGCUGACAUUCAUUCUAGGCCAACAAAACAAAUGAACAAUAUUUUCUUACAAUUUAUUUACAAGUAUGUCUUGUACAUGAAAAAUAGGCAUAUAGAUCUUAUAAGUAUAUAUGUGUGUACGCAUUUGUAAACCCAUUUCUUUUCCUGGUCUAUGGAUUUGUAAUAAAUUUAUAAUUUUCAAUAUAAUAUUUAGUAAUGAAUUGAGCUGUUAAUAUCCAACAUGUUUUGGAAUAUGUUUGUCACUGACCCGUUGCUAUGUAGCCUGUAUGUGUUUUGGGUGUAUAUUGUUGUGUGUUUAUAUGUUGUCAAGUCGAUUUCAAGCCCCUUUUGAAACCACUUUCAUGGCUUUCUGGCACCCCUGUCUGUUCAUUGUGAGUUUGUGAAUGCGAGAAAUCACCGUGUUUGAUCACAUAUGGCUGUUUAUUCAACAGUGAUAAUAAUAUAUUCUUGUGCUGUGUGCUGCAGCUUCAACAGACCUGUUUGAGAUGGUAAUUUAAUUGAAAUGUGCCUGCAGAGUACCUGGUAACAAGCCUAAACAUAAUAGGUGGUCUUAUUUCUAUUGAACUAGAUGUUUUCCGUCUUUUCAAUUUCAAAAUACUGGUGUCAGUUUUAGAUGAAUACGGUAUACACUGGUAUUCAGUCAUGCAUACGUUCCUGCCUCAAUGUGCUGUUUGUACUGUCUUAUUCCAUAAAAGUUUGGCAAUAUCUCUUCAAAUGCUUUUACCUUUGACCUUGCAAAACAUUAUACAUACCUGCCUGCUUGCCACUGGUAUAACCAAGUUUAUUCUUGCUUUAGGCAUAAUUCUGGUUUGAUCAUAUUUGAAAGUAUUUCCAGAUAUACAAGAUAAAUUGUUUUAAAUUACGUGAUGAGUUCGCUGGAUCAUAAUUUUAUCAAAAUGUUAUUCCAUAAUAGAUUCAAUCAAAAUGCUCAUUUAUGUAAAAAUGUCAAUGUUCAGAUAGUAAAAAAUCAACAAGAUUAUUUGCAUCUUGUUGAGUUAAAUAUUUUGAAAACAAAGUUUAAAUUAUGAAAUAAAUUAAAAAGUCUGAUUAAAAAUUGAAAAUGCCUCUUGGGAACAAGGUGAGCGAGUUGCAGGCACUGAAAGAUCGCCGGUCUCGCCAGCGACAAAUCCGCGACAUUGAGGAACGCAUGCUGCUGGAUAACCUUGACUCGACGGACGCAGUACUAAAGGGAUCACACGUAAGACACAAACACGGCAUUGUAAAACUCUCCAAACAUCCAGAUCUUCGCAAACUACAGAUUGACUAUGAAAGGUUGCGUGAACGAGAAAGACAGAUUGAAGCUGGGUAUAAUCCGUACCCAACAGCCCGAUAUUCUAGAAACUCUAGCUCUAGCAUGAGUAUACACCUUCCUGAUGAACAUGACAUUCCCAAAUAUAACCCCAGUGCUGACCCAAAGUUAGCACAGCUGGCCGAGAGUCAUGGCCGACAGAUGGAGAUGCUGCAAGGUCGCAACAGAGACCUUGAAAGACAGAGAGAAGAAAUCCGCCGGAGGCUGGAAGAGCUGGGCAAGCGACCGCUGAAGGGUGAUGACCAAACGGCCGCGUUGUUGCAGGAACUCCGAGACCAGGAGGCCAGGAACCAAAGACUGCUGGAUGAACUCAAGAGACAGCUGAUGGCAGCUAAACAACCGAUCAACAUCAUUGAACAAACACAAGAGAAACAAAGCAAGCAGUUUAUAUAUCCUAUGGUUUAUGGAGGUUCUCUCGUACAGGAAAUCAGUGCAAUCCGGAUGGCCUACAUUCAGAAUGGCGGCAAUGACCCGGAGGUUCUGUCCCAGCUCGCACAGAUGCUGGCCGAGGCACAGGCUCUCGAGAACCAGCUACGCAACCCGCCACCCAGGAAAGUCAAAGAAAAACAAACCGAUUUCUCACAAAACAUAUGGACCCUGGAAAUGGAAAACGAGCGCCUGCAACGAGAACUCAUGUUUCUACAAGAACAGAAUCUGCUAGCGAGGACUCGUCGAAAAGAUGAACGGGAAGAUGAGCUGGAGCGUGAGAUCCGCCGUCUGCAGCAGGAUCACCAGUGUAGGAUGAACAAUCUGCAGAAAGAGAUCGAACGUAUGAGAGGAGAGGCCUACCUCUACCGAAUCCGCGACUUCGACCGCGAGCCCGCGCGGAUCAUCAUCCAGCAGGAACACGCGCCUGCGCCUGCGCCUGCACCCGCACCCGCACCUCAGGUACUGGUACAAGCAGCAGCACCACCACCACCACCACCUCCACCACCUCCACCUCCAUCUCAACCUCAGGUACAAGUGGUUCCUGUGAGUACGAGAGUUGUUCAGGCUGACAACAUGCAGCCAUAUGAUCAGUAUACGGGAUUUGUGAUCUUCUACGACUUUGUCCUCAACUUGGAUCCGAGAAUCACAGCCAUUCGUCUCAUCGUUGGACUUCACAGCAGCUCGGCGAAGAUGGGUGAGCCUACGUAUCUGCCAAUGGUGUACACAGAGCCGUCCACGCGACAGAAUGUCUACCACAGCAUCGGCAAUGCGGUCAUUGGAGCUCGACAGCCAGUGCCAGCAUGCCCCGCGCAGCCCGAUCUGGGUAUUGUGGUGGAGCUGCAGGUUCAGGGUGGCCCGGCCUCUGAGCACGACACCCAGCGACUGAUCACGCGGGCCUGGACCAAGAUCCCACUCUUCGACCAGGGCGACAGGCUCAUUGCGGGCAGAUACAAGAUACCUUUCCGCAAUGUGCCCAUCAAGCCGUUCAUUUCUUUUGCUGAACUCAAUACAGUUGCACAGUAUGCUGACAGCGAGCUGUACUACAGGAUUGUCCACAUGCGAGAUGCCCCAGCACAGUCGCAGGCCACCAUUGCUGCCACUAACCGAGAUCUGUACAACUUGGCGCCACAGGGAGGAAUAGUUCUGCAUCAGCACCCUGUAUCCCCUGCCCAAAUUCCUCCUCCUCCACCACCACCCUCUAUCUCACCCCCAGACACCCCAGAUUACCCUCCACAGAGAAGCAGCCGCCAAGAGAUAUUGCCUCAUAUAAGGACAUCGAGCCUCUCAUUGGAGCCAGCGAUGGGGUUCCAAGUUGAUCGUGUCAAACAUGCCGAGGCUGGGGAGGGGAAAGUUAGACUAACUGCUUAUUAUAAAUCAAAUGGGAAGAUUGUACAAUCAUCUACAAGUCCUGUUACUUGUAGCACUACAGCUGUGCGAUCUAACUUUAAAUAUGGCUACCAUGUAUUUGGGCAGCAAGAGGCAACAUUUCAGGAUGUCGCAUUCCAGGGUGAUAUGAUUCUUAUAGUGCGCUUCUACCUCAGAAAGAGGCUUCGGAACCAGAUGUCGGACGACCUGUUUCUAGAGCCGACCUCACAAGAAGCCUCUCUCUAUGAUGAAGAAGCAUUGGUAGCCUGGACUGCAAUUCCAUUAGUUUUAACCAAUAAGAAAGAUAUCUCUGCGAGAGAACGCCGAGAGUUUGACGUAUCUCACAUGAGAAUAAACUCCGGAACACACUCACUGAAACUGUAUGUUCCACCGGUACCUGAGGUGACGCGACUUCCACUCGAAGACUUGUCCAUGCGUGACUACAAGCGUUAUGGCAAGGGCACCAUCAGAAUCCACAUAUUCCACGGAAUACCCCGCCCUGGGUCUCUCACACCUAGUGACCUCUCAGAUGACCCAGAAGACAACCUACCAGAGUUCUCCUGGUUGCCAUGUGAACGCCGUGUGCCACUCAAGGAACCAUUCCUGGCUGGAGAUGGCUUUGAUAUCUAUGUGGAUGGAUGUCGCUUUCUCCCAGACUCUGUCACAUUUUCCAAGAUUGCCGGCCGUAUUCUUGACCGGCGUUAUGAAGUGUAUGGCAAAGACAUCUCUACGAGUGUUAAGCUGGAGAGUGACAGUUAUAACCCAGUGUAUGAACACAAGGAAGAAUACCGACUCCAGAACAUCCCACCAUCAGCUACUCUACUACUCAAAAUCUACACAAUUGAUCGUUUCUAUAAGCAGAUGACUGUCGUUGGUUAUGCAACCAUGAACCUCUUCAUAGAGGUUGGGACGGAGCGCCAACCAACAAUAGACAAACAGGGGAUGCAGGUUGCACUGAACACCGGUGCCCAUCAGCUGAGGGUUUACAGUCAGGGACCAAACGGCGUCGAUCCAUUCUCAGAGAACUGUCUCAGAAACGCCAAUGUCAGGAUUGUUCCGUGUGCCUCAAUCUUGGUCCGAAUAACAAAAGUUCCAAAAGGACCACACGGAAAGCCACUUGAGUCCAGCAAAGUCCCUCAAGCUGACUGGCUGCGUCUUGGCCUGUGGCACCCGCGGCCCAAAUACUCGGAUCGGAUCUACUACUCCAUGAAGUGUUUGCCCAUGAAGGGAGAGAGCAAGAUGUUCCAUGCCAUGAUGCGGCGACAGCCGAUCACCAUCCGGGAAACGGUGGCCAAGAACACACAGGCCAAAGACAGCUUCCUGAGGAGUGACAAGAACAUAGAGCAGUACAUACGGAACCAGCUCACAAAGUCUGUGGAUGUGAAACCUUUAGAACAAGACCUCAACUUCAUUUGUCAGUACAGUCCAAAACAUGGCAUCAAGAUAGCUCUGGAUAGCGCUGUCAACCUGCCGUGGUCAAACUUCACACAUGCUCACAUGUGUCUCAACCCUCCGGGAGCCUUCUACUUGGGUACACCCCAUGCAACCUAUGACAAGCUGACAUUCACCGAGGACUUGGACCUACGCAGUACCAACACCUCACCAGCAUGGAGGGAUGGAUUCAAACAUUUUCCCCGAAGAUCCUACCACCGGUUCCUGACAGUGAUCAUUCACAUACAGGAAGUGUUUGUGACAGUUUCCCGGGACAAUUACAAAUACGGUCUGCUUGAACAGGCGUGGACUGCCGUGCAGCUGUUUAAAGACCACUACGCCUACACAACGACAUUCCAGCUGCCACUGUUCUUGGGAGCUCCAACUCCACAAAUGCUCAAACAAUUGGCCAGAGAGCCAACAAGGGAAUGGAUGGAGCGCAACAUUCGCAGCAAUCUUAUUAAACUCAUUGAAGGGGGCUCCAUCUUUGUACGGAUCUGUGAUGCCAGACGUGAUGAUGAGUUGGUCUUAGAUGUCCCAAGCAACAAACUGGUUGAAAUCGACACGGACUACAUCCCCAAGGGUCUGGAGGACCAGUACAAGCGAGAACGGCCCGGCCGACCGAUGGCCACACUCGUACCACAGGGCAAGAACCCUGAACAGUUUGUCGACAGUCUGUCCGUCAAGUUUAAAAGUUUGGUUUACAAGCUGUACGAGGAGGGGAACAUGAAUAAUGAUUAAACGACAGCGGCUCACGUAUCCAGGAAGCCGAGAGAGAUCUUUGAAGGAGACAGAUCAUCAAUAUCACAGACCAGUGUGUACUGUUACUGAAAAUUGAUUCUAAGACGGAUAUUUAGUCUGGAGAGCAAAGUCUCCAGAAUAAAAUCACAUCCUCAGUGUCAGUUUAUCUUAAAAAACAACUCAGGAAAAUGAAAACAUAAUGUACUAUGUGUCUUACGUGUGUUCCCAAAACAGUGAUCCCAGUGUUUUUUAUGAUUACUAACUAAAGCCAUUUUCAGAACCAAAAUUUAUAUUGUUUAUGGCUUAGUUUACCAAAAACAAUGAUUAAUUACCAUGAUGCUAUGUUGUUGUUUUCUCAAGGUUACCAAGCCAUUUGAUGCAAUACCUCAUACAGUUUCUAAACAGAAAUCUGUAUCUUGUAUGUCUUACGUGCGUUCCCAAAGACAGUGAUUCCUUAUGCAGUGGUUUCUUGUGUAAUUACUGAGCUAUUUAUUGCAACAACUCAUACAUUUUCAGGAGAACACAAACAUUGUUCCGUGUCGUGUGUGUUCCUCAACAAAAUGGAUGCCCGACCAUUAAACAAUGAUUAGAGCUAUUAGCUCAUCUGAAAAUAUUGCAACUCGUCAUUAUAAGUUGAGAAAUGUUUUAUCAUAAACUUGUGAUGUGGACGGAGAGAGUCUCAGAUGUUCAGUGAGUGUGUUCCUCAAUUGACUUGUUUGAUGACUUGACUGGUACAAGUAAUACAACUUGUGUUUAGCAAGUGAUACAGUUAAGAGCUACAUGAAAACAUGGACCUCUGUGCAGGAUGUGUUUUGUGUUGAACUCUUCAGUGUUUUCUCGCAGACUGAAUAAUUUCUAGAUGAAAAUUACAACUGAACCCAAUUCAGGGUUCGUUGGUGAAAUGAAAUGCUGAUACCUCACCCAGUGCUUUAGGGUUUGUCUAGCAUGUUGAAAUGUGUAUAGAUGUUCAUAUGAUUGACCUUGUGAUAAAGAGCACUUUUAAUUAAGGUAUAUUAAUACACUAAUGGUAUAAUAAACCCACAUCCAAAAGAAUGACGGUGAAAUUCUUUGGAAUAGACCGAGGAAUGUUGCCUUUUAUUGUUGCUGUUUAUAUUUAACAAAUUAAUUGAAUUAAAUAUAGUCCUUUUCAAUGCUACAAGUUUCAGUAUUGAAUAAUAACCAGAAAUGUGUGAAUAUAAUGCACAUUUCAUUAUUUAUAGCAUUAAAUGAAUAUAUAUGUUUUAAUACAUAAAAUGCCAUAUUUAACUUGAAGUGCCAUAUAGUACAGGAUUAUGUGUGUACAAUCUUCCCAAAGUGAUAUAUGCCUUUUGUACAAACAAUAUCACACUUUUGAUGUUUAUUAGCUUUCAUUCAUGUUAGACUUACAUUUUAUAAAGGUUUUGUAUUGAGAAUCGUUAUUUUUUUAAUAAAAAUAUAUAUCCAGUAGAGUUUCUUAUGAAGAGUGUAAAUUCAGUUAAUUUAUGUAGCAUGUUGUACUUGAAUUUACAUUGUCCAUGUGUAAUAGUGAUUAUGAACUUAAAUUUAAUGUUUUAAUAAAAUAAUGUCUUUGUGAGGAAAACAUUUUGAGUGGUUAGUUUCUGGAAAAUGUGUUAUUCAUUUUUGUUCGUUUUUUAAUUUAAAAAAUGCAGUUAUUUUAUAAAGUUGUUUAAAGUUCAGUAACUGAUAAUUCUCUCCUACAUUACCUGAUAACAUUAAUAUAACUUAACACAUUUAGGCAAGUCUUUGUAGUUAAGAUUUAUUUAAAAAAAUACUUUGACCAUAUUUUGUACUUACAAACUAUGAAAUUAAUGUAAAGUAGUUGAUGAUAAUAGUUAUUACUACUCACUGGAUAAAGCAGAAGGGGUUUUUACAGACAUUUAUUCAAAUUUAUUUAUUAUUCAGAUUUAUGUCGACUAAUCUGUAUACAUUUUAUUAUUUUACAAUUUAUGACACAUUUUAUGUUCAGUUACUUGUCUGGUAGUAAUAAAAAAUAUAUUAACA